AUGCAUUUGACUCUGGUUGCUAUCUUGUACAUUCCCAUCGGCGUUGCUAUUCACAGCUGCACUCAGAAAGAUGUUGUCGCGCUCACCUUUGACGAUGGACCAUUCUAUUACACCGAUCCACUCCUGGACCUUCUUGCUGGGGCUGAUAUGAAAGCUACCUUCUUUGUUAACGGAAAGAACUGGGCAAACAUUCAGGACUAUCGUUCUACAAUCAUUCGAAUGGUUGAAGAGGGGCAUCAAGUUGCCUCACACACCUAUGGCCAUCCAAACCUAGCAAACCUCGACGAGGCCAAUGUCAAGUUAGAAAUGACAAAGCUGGAGGACGAGUUCAUCAAAAUCAUGGGCAAAUUCCCCAUCUACAUGCGUCCACCGUUCUUGAGCUACAACAGCCAGACCUUGAAAGUCCUGGGCGAGCUUGGGUACCACGUCAUUGAUACCGAUAUUGAUACUCUUGACUGGCAACAUAAAGAACCUCACGCGGUGGGACAAUCUUUGGGGCUUUUCUCGACCAGGCUGUGGAAUGGAGGUUCUAUUGUUCUGAUGCAUGAUAUUCACCGCAACACGGUUAUGAACUUAGUGCCGUUGGUCAUCAAGCAGCUCCUCCAGAGUGGGAAACGAGGUGAGUUUUGUUCUUAUUGUGGAUAA